AUGGCAUUAUCGAUGCUAAAGCCAAAUGAUGCAUCAACCAAAACAGGUCUAGCACCAGUUGCUAGAAAUCGUUUUAGAGGAAAUGGAGUAAUUAAAGAUUCGCCGGAAGAUGAUUCCGAAAUAGAUAGAAACAGUCCGAAAUCUUCCAUAGAUUCAAACGGUUUACCCUAUAAAUCGUUGUCGUCGCUAAAUUUAUUUCCAACUUCGGUUUUGGCCAGUCAAAUGCUCGGAGGAUUAUCCCUUCAUGCGACUUUGGCAUCCGCAUCCGGAGCUUUCGCUCCUAAUUGGUACCACGAUCCGAAUUCCCCUCCGCACACACCCUUGGCCUCGACCAAGAAAACGAAUAAUAAUCACGUGACGAGUAGUACUCACGUUCGGAAAACUCGGAAAAAAGUCAAAAUGUCACCGGUUGAUAAUAAUGAAGUGAAUAAUAGCGUUAUUUCUUUAAAUAAAUCAUCACCUUCUCCGCCGCCUCUUACCCGCGGUUUGUCUCCGCAAAGUAACGGAUCCGGACAAGAGAUAAAUUUAAAAAACGGAGACAAAGAUAAAACGUUCACGUGUAGUGCUUGUAAUCGAUCUUUUGGAUACAAACACGUUUUGCAAAAUCACGAAAGAACUCACACGGGAGAAAAACCAUUCGAGUGCAAAGAAUGCCAUAAAAGAUUCACGCGGGACCAUCAUUUGAAAACGCACAUGAGGCUUCAUACAGGAGAAAAACCCUAUCAUUGCACACAUUGCGACCGGCAAUUUGUUCAAGUUGCAAAUCUUCGACGCCAUUUGCGAGUCCACACGGGAGAACGUCCGUACGCUUGUGAUUUGUGUUCGUCUAAAUUUUCCGAUUCUAAUCAAUUAAAAGCUCACAUGCUCAUACACAAAGGGGAAAAACCGUUUCAUUGUUCUUCGUGCAACGGAAAUUUUCGAAGGCGUCAUCAUCUUAUGCAUCACAAAUGUCCCUCGAAACAAAAUGAUUUAUAUAAUUCCGUCGAUUCCGAAAAUAUAGACGACGUAGACGAGGAAGAUUCGUUGGAUGCCGGGUUGGAAAUAGACGAUGAAUUGGAUUCACAAACGAAAUACGCACAACAAAACGAAUACGAUUCUGAAUAUAGCGUCGGUGGUAAAUCCCCGGAUUUUUCAACGGCGCCAUCUCCGGAUAAUUAUCUUCUGUCAAUAAAUAAUAAUAAAAAAUUAAGAGAACGAAAAUCACGCGACAUACGUAGAGUAGUUAGAAUUUCCGAUGUGUCGGGACCCAUUUUGGAUCCGGCAACGAUUCCUCCGUUACUUCCGGAACAAACGGAACCAGAAGAUUUAUCAAUGCCUAAAAGUAAAUUACGUAAGCAUCUUUCGCAAAAUAAUAAUGAUAUUGAAAAAAACUACCACAGCCGAAAUUGUGAGUCACCUUCAUCGAGCGUUUCCAGAUCUCCGUCAAUAGAAAAAGAUGAAAUAAUUUCGAGCUUACAUCAUCAUCAUCAUCAUCCGAAAUUUAGGAAACAUAUCGAAAUGUCCAACGGAAACACGAUAUCGUGA